CAAGCGGCUCCGUGUCAUUCCUUCGGCAGGCGGCGGCCGCGGAGUUAGCAUCGGGGGCUCAUCAGACUGGAGGCAGCCGGAGGAGAUGCCAUGGUGGUAACCAAGCCGGGUCCUGUUCAGAUCGUCCUGGUCCACAAAGAAGAACAUUCCUUUGAGUUGGACGAGAAGGCGUUGAGCCAAGUCCUGCUGCAAGAUGCUAUCCGUGACCUUGACGUGGUGGUCGUGUCCGUGGCGGGCGCUUUCCGCAAGGGCAAGUCUUUCCUGCUGGACUUCCUCCUGCGUUACCUGUACACGCAGAAAGAAGACAGCAAAAUUGAUUGGCUGGGGGUGGAAAAUGAGCCCUUGACGGGCUUUUCGUGGCGGGGGGGCUCUGACCCCGAGACCACCGGCAUUCAGAUCUGGAGCGAAGUCUUCAUCGUGAUGAAGCCCAGCGGGAAGAAGGUCGCCGUUAUGCUGAUGGACACUCAAGGGGCCUUUGACAGCCAGUCCACCGUCAAAGACUGCGCCACCAUCUUUGCCCUCAGCACCAUGACCAGCUCCGUUCAGAUUUACAACCUGUCCCAAAACAUCCAAGAAGAUGACCUCCAGCAGCUGCAGCUCUUUACCGAAUACGGGCGUCUGGCCAUGGACGAAAUUUUUCUCAAGCCAUUCCAGACGCUGAUGUUCCUGGUGCGAGAUUGGAGUUUUCCGUACGAGUAUAACUACGGCUUGGACGGAGGCAUGAAUUUCCUCGAUAAACGUCUGGAGGUAAAAUCUCACCAGCACGAAGAGAUUCAGAAUGUUCGCAAACACAUCCAUUCCUGCUUCACCAACGUCAACUGUUUCCUCUUACCUCAUCCGGGACUCAAAGUGGCUACCAGCCCGAAUUUUGAUGGCCGUCUGAACGACAUCGCCGACGAAUUCAAGGACCAGCUGAAGCAGUUGAUCCCGUUCGUCCUGGAUCCCAGUCAGCUCUUAGAAAAGGAGAUCAACGGCUCGAAAGUAACCUGCCGAGGCCUGUUGGAGUAUUUCAAGGCUUAUAUCAAGAUUUACCAGGGGGAAGACCUGCCACACCCCAAAUCCAUGUUGCUGGCCACCGCUGAAGCCAACAAUCUGGCGGCUGUCGCUUCAGCCAAAGACCUGUAUUACAGCAGCAUGGAAAAGAUCUGUGGCGGAGACAAACCAUAUGUGGCCCCCGAGUUGCUGGAGGCAAAGCACCGGGAGCAGAACCUGCGGGCUUUGGAGCACUUCCGUCGCAUCAAGAAGAUGGGAGGCCGGGAGUUCAGCCAACGUUACGAGGACGAGUUGAUGCAGGAGCUGAGUGACCUCUUUGAAGACUUGGCCAAGCAUAACCAGAGCAAGAACAUCUUCAACACUUUCCGGACGCCCGCCAUCCUCUUCGGCAUCAUCGUGGUGCUUUACGUGACCUCGGGGAUCACCGAGUACAUUGGACUGAGUGUGGUUGCCCAGUUGUGCAACUUAAUGGUGGGGCUGUUGCUUCUUUCCCUGCUAGCCUGGGGCUACAUCCGAUACUCAGGCGAAUACCGCGAACUGGGCAUUGUGAUUGACAACACAGCGGCGUUCGUGCUGCAGAAGAUACGGGCUAUGGGGUCUCCUGUCCACCCGGCCCCCUCCAGAGAGCAGCCCCUGGCCCCACCACUGCACGGGAAGUCUCAGUGAACAAGGCGGCACGACGAGGUGCGACUCCCAAAAUGUCAUCCUUGACGGUGGAAUCACCGGAAUCUGGCUUUCCGAUCCAGGAAUCGCUUUCGCAAAGCUUCUUCAUAGACAGCCAAUCUGAGCUUCUGAGUCGGGGGCGGCGGGAUCUCUGCUCCUUUCUUCCCGCUUACCUUCCUUUGACGGACCCCUCCCCUGAUUUUUCAUUUCCCCCCACCCUCUCCCUUCAAGAAAGAAAUCUUCUGCACUUUAAAUGGGGAAACAAAACAGCCGCUCGAAAACCGUUUCCGUACCAGUUAGUGCCUUCCGUGAUGAAAAAGGAAAAACCAACCUGACCCAUUAUUGUUUCAGCUGCCGGCUUUUGUUUUCGAGGUUUGUCGGUUGUACCAAGAAGAAGAUGCCAACUCCCCUUCUCCCUCCUCCUCUCCCCGCCAAAAAAGCUCCCCCCUCCCUCCCCAGGCAUCAACCUCGGAGUGGCUAAAUUACCCAGCCUUUCUUUUGGCGAGAGUUCGGCCAAACUUCAAAAGGAUCUGCUGAGGGCCGGCCAGGCCUAGCCAAAUAAUUAAAUAUAAAUUAGGGAUGCUAUUUUGUUUUUAGUGCCUUCUCAAAACUGGACGGUGCCUGCUUCGACCCAGAGAAUCGCGCCCAGCUAGCAGCCCCACUGCCUUAGAAAAGCCGUCUCAGGAAGUUCGAAACGGAGAGAAACGGAAGAGUUCGGUGUGUUAAAACGGCUCCCGCAUCGCCGGCUUGUGUCUUUGUCUUUCUCUUUCGGUACAACGCGGUGUCUGCUUCGUCUUUGUAAUUCACCUUGUCGAAAUGCAAGGGAUCGUCUUAGCGGUCCUGCUUGGAUCUCUUUGGGAUCUCCGUCUAGAUCAGCGGUGAGCUGUGCGGGACAUUUGAGAGUUUUUCCAGGUGUGGUCGAGACAUUGUUCCUUGAAUGUAAUGUACUCUCGUCCUUUCUAGACUCACUGGGUUGAGACACAACCAGUGACCCUUAUUGGCUGUUCUUUCUGUAUUUUACUGGUAUGGAGAAUUCCCUCCCCCCUCUGUUUUUUCCAAGCUUGGGAGGGUGAAUGGUCUUGGUCUCCUCUCUGUAUAUGUGAUUGAAGGCCGUUUUCCCGUUCUGAGCCACGCUGUUUAAAUUCCGACUGUUUCCCCUUCCUUUCUUCGUUGCCCACCGAGUCAACCGUGGGAUGAUUAAUAAAAAAACUCCGUAGCAAGGAGUGUGUUCCAUUAUAGCUAGUAAACUUACCCAAAGCUCAAGGUGCCUCUGGGACCCGCUCUCCCUCUCCCCCCCCCCAAAAGUCUCGUUCUUGGAAACCUUUCUUAUAUAGGCCUCGCACCAAAAAUUAUUAUUCUGCUCCAAGCUUUUGAGUCAUUCUAGCUUCCCUCAAUCACGAAGGCUUCUCCGGAGGGCGGAAUAAGCUUUAUGCAUUCUUCCAAGGUGCCUUUUCUUUUUCUUUUUUAACCUUUUUUGCCUUAUUUUUUUGCUGCUGCAUUGGAGUCUCACUUGAUCGCAAAGCCCAAAUGUUUUGAGUCUUUUGGCCCAUUAGAGGGCAAGGGAGCAAAACGUCUGCAGAGUUCUUUCCUGGCUUAUUUCCCAAGAUCGCCCUCUGGUGGCCUUUUCCUUUCACAGCAAGUCUUAUUUUCAGUUUUGUUUUGGUUGUUGUUUUUUUUGCAUUCUACCUCUUCUUUUUUUUUUUCUUCUUUGUUUAUGGGAAGCGUCGCCCCAUUUUCUAAACAUCACAGGCCUCUAAGCUCCCAACGCAGCUUUGUUUUCUCUCAAAUGCCAACUUUUUUUUAAUGUUGGGGUUCGGCGCCUAGGGAGUCACAAGAAUUUGAGUGAGCGAGUUGAGGUGAUUCUUUAUUUUGUACGUGACACAGCUGAGUUUAAAAUCUAAAGUGUGGUAGGAAGACACAGAUCCUUCUCCUGGGUUGCGCUGGAAAACCUUAGGCCACGCGAAGAAAAUGCAGCGUGAAACACAGACCCGGGGACCAGAUUUCCUUUUAAAGGGUUGAGUGGAAAAUGGGGAGCCAUGUUUGUGUUUGAGGUUCAAUUCCCAGAAUUCCUUUGGCCGUGGCUCCUUGGAAUUCUGGGAGUUGCAGUUCAGAGAGGUAGGUAUGUGUCUGGAUGGGGAAUGGAUGCUGUCUCCUGGCUCUUUUCACUGUUUUCAGAACUCUUUUUUUUUUUUUGACAACUUUGUCAAGUCGAAAACUUUCCCCCCUGUGGACCAAUGUGGUCAGGAUGUUGAUGCUGAAUUAUAUUUAUAAAGCACAAAAAGGAAGCAUUCCACUUUGCAACUGCGAAAAUAAAAGACUGGUGUACUGAAA